CUUACAAGUAAUACUUCUACUGCAAUUCAACAAACAAUCAUCUCUAAAAAAGAAGAAACAAAAGAAACAAAAUGACCUACAACAUUACCCUCAACCCCGCGUUCUCCCCCUCCCCGGAAUCCACCUCCGCAAUGACCUCCUUCCUGGAGUCCUUCUACGCAACCAGCGACACCGAGUCCGCUCACGAGAAGUAUCCUUCUUACUUUACGGAUGAUGCGACGCUUAUUAUGGGGUCGAAGGUUGCCAAGGGAUCUGAGGAAAUCCUCACCCUCCGCCACAACCUCUGGACACACGUCGCAUCGCGGAAACACUCCCCCACAAAGGUCUUCUUCGGGGGCCCGCGCGAGCUGAUGCUCUACGGGACGGCGAAGUUCGUGCUGCGCGCGGAUGCGGAUAAGCAGGAGGUGGAGGUGCCGUGGGCGGGACGGGUCGUGUUUGCUGAGGGGGAGGAGUUGAAGAUGCGGUUUUAUCAGGUUUAUUUGGAUCCUACUGUGCAGUCUGGGAGGAAGUAAGGUGGGAAGAAAAGGGAGUAGAGGAGUUGUAU